ACUGCUGGCUCGGUACGCGGCGGUGGCGGAGAGCAAGCGAGGCCUGGUGAGCGCCGCUGAAGCCGCAGGCCAGCUGUGCGGUCGAGGGAACUGGUGAACACUUGACGCCCCCACUUCACCCAUCGUGCGCUCGAGAUCGGCUGCCUCGGAACCAGAAAUCAUGACCACCUCAGGAAAAGAGAACUUCCGCCUAAAGAGUUACAAGAACAAGUCCCUGAAUCCUGAUGAGAUGCGCCGGAGGAGGGAAGAAGAAGGACUUCAGUUACGCAAACAAAAAAGAGAAGAGCAGUUGUUCAAGCGAAGAAAUGUCGCUACAGCAGAAGAAGAAGCAGAAGAAGAAGUAAUGUCAGAUGGAGGCUUCCAUGAGGCCCAAAUCAAUAACAUGGAGAUGGCAUCAGGUGGUGUCAUUACCUCUGAUAUGAUUGAAAUGAUAUUCUCCAAUAACCCAGAGCAGCAACUUUCAGCAACCCAGAAGUUUAGAAAACUACUUUCAAAAGAACCUAAUCCUCCCAUUGAUGAAGUCAUCAGCACACCAGGAGUGGUGGCCAGGUUUGUGGAGUUCCUCAAACGGAAAGAGAAUUGUACGUUACAGUUUGAAUCAGCUUGGGUGCUGACAAAUAUUGCUUCAGGAAAUUCCCUUCAGACUCGAAUUGUGAUUCAAGCAGGAGCUGUGCCAAUCUUCAUAGAGCUGCUCAGCUCAGAAUUUGAAGAUGUGCAGGAGCAGGCAGUCUGGGCUCUUGGUAAUAUCGCUGGAGAUAGCACCAUGUGUAGGGACUAUGUGUUAGACUGCAACAUUCUCCCCCCUCUAUUGCAGCUACUUUCAAAGCAGAACCGUUUGACCAUGACUCGGAAUGCAGUGUGGGCCUUGUCUAAUCUCUGCAGAGGGAAAAAUCCAUCUCCAGAUUUUGCAAAGGUUUCCCCCUGUCUGAAUGUACUCUCUUGGUUGCUGUUUGUUAAUGACACUGAUGUGCUAGCCGACGCAUGCUGGGCACUAUCAUAUCUAUCAGAUGGACCCAAUGAUAAAAUUCAAGCAGUAAUUGAUGCAGGAGUAUGUAGGAGACUAGUGGAGCUACUGAUGCAUAAUGACUACAAGGUGGUUUCUCCUGCUUUACGGGCUGUAGGAAAUAUUGUUACAGGUGAUGAUGUUCAGACGCAGGUAAUUUUGAACUGCUCAGCCCUGCAGAGUUUAUUGCAUUUACUCAGUAGCCCAAAGGAAUCUAUCAAAAAAGAAGCCUGUUGGACAAUAUCUAAUAUCACAGCUGGAAACAGGGCUCAGAUCCAGACUGUGAUAGAUGCGAACAUUUUUCCAGCUCUCAUUAACAUAUUACAAACUGCUGAGUUUCGGACAAGGAAAGAAGCUGCUUGGGCUAUUACAAAUGCCACUUCUGGGGGUUCAGCCGAACAGAUAAAGUACCUAGUGGAACUUGGUUGUAUCAAACCACUCUGUGAUCUCCUCACAGUCAUGGACUCUAAGAUUGUACAAGUUGCCCUGAAUGGCUUAGAAAACAUCCUGAGGCUUGGUGAGCAAGAAGCCAAGAGGAAUGGCAAUGGCAUUAACCCUUACUGUGCAUUGAUCGAGGAAGCAUAUGGUUUGGAUAAAAUUGAAUUCCUACAGAGUCAUGAAAACCAGGAAAUCUACCAGAAGGCCUUUGAUCUCAUUGAGCAUUACUUUGGGACAGAGGAUGAAGAUAGCAGCAUCGCACCUUCAGUUGAUCUUGACCAGCAGCAGUACAUUUUCCAGCAGUGUGAGGCUCCCAUGGAAGGUUUCCAGCUUUGAAGCAAAGUUCUUAAAUGUUCCUGUGUCAGAUCAGGCUACUCGAUCAAGUCCUUUUGUGGAGCCCACAGCCCUCAUGGAGCUAAUUUCUCAAUGUUUUCCAUAAUACUGUUUGCGCUCAUUUGCUUGCCUUGCGCACCUGCUCUCUUACACACAUCUGGAAAACCUCUGGCUCUUUGUGGUGGAAUGCCCUCUUAACAAAGGGGUAACCAGAAUGGCCCACCCUCUUAUGGAAAACCCCAUAGGCUUUGGACAUCGGCAUUUACAUUUUACAAGAGUUGUGUGGGAACAUUUAUAUUAAUAUGGAUCCUUGCCUUUGUUGGAAAAAAAAAAUUAUUGCCCCUUUGUUCCCCUUUAAAUGGAAAAAAAAAUUAUACUGACAAAAGAUAAUACUAACAUAUAUCUUUUAUUCCACACAACUUGCUUGCAAGUCAAAAGAGAUGUAGACACAUUGUGUGUACUUAAGAGUUCUUUUCUCAUGCUCUUCCACAGUAACGCCUUGGAUUAGUUGUUGAAUUUCUCCAACCAAAUUGGCAUUAAUCCUUACUGAGAUUGAUAAACUCCCCACCCCACCCCAUCCAUACAGUUCUUCAGAUAUUAAAGUAAGCCAUCAGCACCCCCAUCAUCUUCAGUCUCUGGUGAAUGUGCUUUUUGGUUGUCAAAAGUGACGAAGAAUUAAUUGACAUUUUUAUUCUAGAAAGUCUAAGUACCACGAUCUGGGUUGCAGAUCCCCUUAGAGGAAAAGGGAUAAAGGGGCAUAUAUGGCUGUUGCUCCCCUUUGGUCAUGAACAUUUUAGGAUUUGGAAGUGGCUCAGUUUUAAUGCUGUUAUGAGGACUCCCAGAAUUAAAACCUACAUGACAUCUCCCCAGACCUGAACACAAUGUGACUAGAAGCAGUGUCUCUACAUUGAUGAAGAAAUGUUUCAGGCUUUGUGGUCCUGACCAAGGUCCUUAAGGUAUUGAAGUUCUCCCUAGGUGCUCUCACUCUCUGUGGCUGUCAGAAAACAUCCAUUUAAAGAUUGCUUGAGGAUUAUUAUUUUUUUUUUUGUUCUUGGCAGCUUGAUCUUAACACAUUCAUGCUGUAAACACGACUCUUUUAGCCUAAACCAUCUUUAAUCUGUUUUAAUAUUAACACCAGGAAUAAUAAUAAUAAGAAAAUAACCAGGAAAACUGGAUAGUGUUAAUGGUUCUUCCAGCUGUGAAAUAUAGUUCUGACCACAGCUCCCCGUCUUAUGUCCUCCUUCCCCCCACCCCCCCUCAAAAAAAACCCCACCAUCUCAACAUAGUACUAUUUGAAUUGAAGAGGGGGCAUGGAUCUUCUUGUAACUUCACUGAUGAUUUUAUUCCAUCCCCUUACUAGUACUACAGUCCUUGAAUUAGUGCUGAUGUACAUCUGGCUGUGUUGGUGAGGUGCUGCUUUGUGCAUGAUGAUCCCCAUCUGUACCGACAAACAGUACCUCAGCUGGUCCACAGCAUGUUUGAACUGGACCUUCGGAUGAAAAGCUGAGGAGCUUAAUGCCAACGCCAGUUCAGUAUGGUUUCUUCUCAGUGCUAGUUGGCCAUCUGGAUACAACGUUGGGACGCCAUCAGAGAAGACUUGCUGUUGCCCUUCUGUGCCAAUGGGUUCUGAAGGAAAGCUGCUCACUUCUGUUUCUGAACAUGCCCUUUCAUGCAGCUUUGGAUUUUUUUCUUGUUUUCUAGGAUUUAUAGUCACCCCAAAGUAAACCAUUUGAAAAGUUACCGUUGAUGAGCUUCCCUACAUCCCUGGGGAGCUCUUCUGGGUGUGUGGGAUGUGCAGAGCUUUCAUACCUCAUCGUAAUGCUAUUCACCAUUGGCCACUGGCAACAGCAGCCACCUGACAUGACCUGACUUAAAAAUCGUUUUUAAAAAGUCAUUCAAACCGGAGAGAUGUAAAGACUGUGGACAUUGUCAGCUCCAAGUGUGACACAUGCUUCCUUCACAUCCAGUCUGUACCUGUGUCUGUGCUCUUGGAUGAAUAACGUCUGGUGUAUGUAUAUUAAUCUUGGAGCAGCCCCUGAAAAACUAGUCCACUCCAUCCACAACUGUUACUUCUUCUAGUGCUGCUUUGUGCUGAAAGAACAUCUAGUUUACUGCACUUGACCUGUAAAGGGACUUUGAUUCUUUGUAAUUUUAGGGAUAAAUUAGGUGGUUAAUUUAAAGAAAAAUCUUCAAUGUUGCCUUUACAUCACAUUAAAAAUAACUUCUCUUUCAGAAGGGUGAUAGAAGCACUGAUUCGUAGCAAAAUCUUGUUUUUAGCUUUGACAUUUUUUUUGUGGCUGGAUUUUUUUAAAUUGUAAAUUACUGAUAACAUGUCAUUUCUAUAGGAUCUGUUUUAAAUCAUGUACCUUUUAUUGGACAGUAUAAAAAUACAGCAUAUUUUGUAAACCAAUUUGAAUGGAAAAAAUAUAUAAAGCACAGCAGAAAGUUGUUUCCCCUGAGUUAGUAAGAAUAGUGUAUGUUGGGAAUUUUUGCUAGUAAUGGCAGGUGCCUAAAUGAGUGAAUUAAAACAAAGAGUCCAUUUAAAAUGUGUUCCGUCUUUCUGUCCAAAACAAGGGAAUUUUUCUUUUCCCUGAAAUGGAGCAGGUUUGUGAAUUAUGAUAUAUGGGCUACCUCAGAUUCUUUAUAACAAAAUUACCAUUGUAUAAAUUUUAAGAAAUUAUUUUACUGCAGAAAUUCUCCCUCCCUUCCCCACAUCCCCAAGGCUGGAGGGGGUACUAUUUAGAUAGUGGAAGAUAUCUAGUAGGAGUCCCUCUUUCUUAAAAAAAAAAAAAAAAAAGCUUGUACUUUGUCCUAUGGCAGUUCUACUUUGUCACUGCUGUUGGCUUGCAGUUUAGAGGUGGUUCUACAGAGUUCAGUGGUUUGAAGCAAAAUAGUCAAGAGAGGGAGGGAAAGCAGUAGUUCAUAAGAAGCAGGAUUUACAGCAAGCUAUGGGACUGUCCUGAAAGGAGGGGGAGAGGUGUGUGGAAGAGGAAUAGGGGAAGAAUGGACAACUGAGAGUGAUUUAUUUGUAGCAGCUGCUUCCUCUCAGCCAUGGAAAGCCUAGCUUCCUAUGUUUGCAAUUCUCAAUUUUCCCAGUUCCUGAGUUCCUUCUGACUUGCUGUGAUGCUUUAUGUUUCUACAUGGCAGAAUGCUUUUUUAUUUACUUUUAAUUGAUUUCUCCCAAAGAAGUAAUUUUUAAUAGUAAUUUUGUGCAAUUUUUUUUUAGCAUAUAUCAAUUUUUUCCCUUUCAAAAAGAUCUAAUUUUAUAAAGGUGGCCUAUAUUUGGACCAAUGUGUAAUUAAGUGUUGGUAUGAAAUGAGUUAAUUAUGAACUACUUACUUUUGUUUUCUAAAGUUCCUAGUUUGAUCAUUUCAUUAAUUCACUUAUUUUGAGCCAGCCACAAAGUGCGUGUCACCAGAAGUAUAUGUGUUAAUUUUGUUUUUUGAUGUAUUAAUUAUUGAAUGACCCAAGUAUAUUCAUUUCAACACUG